AUGAGGGAUUCCUUGCCCGAGUCUCACAACCGGGACGCCGAUGCAGUUGGAGUUGCUUCCAACGAGAACGGCAGCGUUGCCAAUGGCUCUGACAACGGCGAGUUUUCCAACGCCGCUUCGACCUUGAAGACCAUGGGAUGGAUCAAGGCUGAGGCCUACGAUUAUACCGCCCUUGUCGGUCCUGACCAUGAUGAGGCUUGGGACGGCUCCGCUCGUAUUUAUGAGUGGGACGGCGAGAUGGGCGAGGUCGGCCCUGAGCACCCCGAGCUGGAGUUGGAUCUUUUCGGUACUCCUGAGUCGCGCAAGGAGGUUUGCGGUCUCGACUUUACCAGGCUUUCCGAGAUUGAGAUCACUCAGGAAGGCACUGUCAAGAUUGAGCUGAUUAACAGCUUCAAGGAUGCAGGCCUGCAUCCUGUUAUGCUCCGCAACAUCGAGCUUGCGGGAUACGAUUCCCCCACGCCUAUUCAGAAGUGCACUUUGCCCGCUAUCCAUCUCGGAUACGAUACCAUUGGAAUUGCCCAGACAGGAUCCGGCAAGACGGCCGCCUACUUGAUUCCCGUCUUGAACAAGUUGGUGGGCAAGGCAAAGAAGUUGGCGGCUCCUCGUCCUAAUCCUAACACCUACCAGGAGGGCGUGGACCCGCCCGCUCGCGCUGAGCCUUUGGUGGUUGUCGUUGUCCCUGCCCGCGAGCUGGCGGUUCAAAUUUUCAACGAGGCCCGCAAGUUUUGUUAUCGCACCAUGCUGCGACCUUGUGUUGUCUAUGGCGGCGGCCCUAUCAAGGACCAGAUUAAGCUCUUAAACAGGGGCUGCGACAUUCUUGUCGCCACUCCCGGUCGUCUGAUCGAUUUCAUGAACCGCCCCGACAUUCUCUCGUUGCAGCGACUUCGAUACAUGGUCAUUGAUGAGGCAGACGAGAUGCUUCAUGACGAUUGGGCCGAGGACCUCGCCCACAUCAUGGCUGGCUCGAACCAGGAUGAUGAUCAGGUCAAGUAUCUUCUGUUCUCGGCCACUUUCCCGAAGCCCCUUCGCGACCUCGCCAAGAACUAUCUUUCGACUGAUUAUGUCCGAUUCCGCGUCGGGCGUGCUGGAAGCUCUCACAGCAAUAUCAAGCAGGACAUUAUCCUUGUUGAGCAGGACAAGCGCCAGAGUUUGGUGAAUCUGCUGUCUACCAUGCUGCCUUGCCGUACCAUCAUUUUCGUCAACAGCAAGCGCACUGCUGAUGAACUCGAUGACUUCUUGUUUAACAUGAACCUUCCCUGCACGUCCAUGCACUCCGAUAGGACCCAGCGCGAGCGUGAGGCCGCGAUGAGGGCCUUCCGAGCCGGAACUGCCCCCAUUCUGAUCGCCACCGGUGUCUCUGCCCGUGGUAUCGACGUCCGCAAUGUUUUGCAUGUUAUCAACUACGACCUCCCCUCCAUGGACUAUGGCGGAAUCGAGGAGUAUGUCCACCGAAUUGGUCGCACUGGUCGAAUUGGCUACCGUGGGUUGGCCUCUUCUCUGUACACUGAGAAGGAUGAGCCUAUUGCAAGCGUUCUGACCCGUACCCUUUUGGAGACGGGUCAGGAGGUUCCUGAUUUCCUUCAGCAGUACAUCCCCGAGGGAGCUGAUUUGAAGUUUGAGGCAGAUUCCGACUACGAGCCCGACCAGCAGCAGGGCGGCUUCGGAGAUGCUUCCGCCUGGGGCAAUGAUGACGGUAACGAUGGCGGCAAUGAUGGCGGCGCUUGGGGAUCUGCCGACGGCGGCUGGGGUGAGAACCCUGAGGCUAACGCCGGCGACGCCACCGCUGGUAACGCUCAGCAAUGGAACUAG